AUGUGUAUCGCGAUUGCCUCUUCCCCGCGCCCGGAUCCGCGGAUGAUCCGCGCGCCGUGGUUCACCGUCACCAACCUGCUCAAGGCGCUCGACGCCAGGCGCGCGGGGGCGCGGCCGCGCGGGCCGAAGAAUUUGCGCGCACUGGCGGAGAGGGGCGCGGGUCUGUUCGACCGCGCCAUGCGCGUUGUGGUGUACAGCGGGGGGUGCCACGUGCGGGAUGUGCGGAAGAUGGCGGAACAGGUGGCAGAGGGAUUGGCGGAAGGAAAGGAGGAGGGAGAGGUAAGGAAGGAUGGACGCGGUAGUGGGUCUGUGAGUGAGGUUGAGCAGAACAAACGCGCAGGGGAAUCGAAAAGCGCAUCUUCCUCCUCCUCCUCCGCCGCCGCCUCCUCCCCUCCCCGCUUCCACAUCCCAGCCUCCUACGAUCUCGCUGCGCACCGCCUCGCCCGCGCCACCAACGCCUCCCUCGCCUCCACGCGCGCGCUCGUCGCCACACUCGCCACCGCCGCGCGCCUCAACCCCCUCUCCGCCCCCCACACCGCCGCCAUCCGCGCCACCGCCGCAACUCUCACCCUCCCCAUCGACAUCCUCCCCGCACACCCCGCCGUGUGCGCGCUCCUGGACGACCCGCUGGUAUUACUUAACAAAGUGCCGGCGGGAGUGGUGGAGAGCGAGGGGUGGGAGCGGUGGCGGUGGCAUGUGAAGCUGGCGAUGGAUACAGUGCACGUGGUCAGGCAGUGUGUACAUACGGGCGCGCGCAUGGUGCUGCUGCUGCAGGAUGACGUGGUGCCAGCGUGGCAGUGGGACGUAGGGCUGGAGAGAUUCGUUGCCGUGGACCUGCCGCGAUUGGUGGGGGCGCGGGAGAGAACGGAGGAGGAGGAGAGGGAGAGGAAGAGGGACAGGGAGGGGCCACAGGAGGGGGAGCAGGGGAGGCAGCAGGGGAGGGUGCAGGGGAGGGUGCAGGAGAAGGAGCAGGAGAGCAAGAUCGGGAGGUUGGGAGGGGUUGAGAGUGGCAACAAGGGCCAUGGCUCGCACUCCCAUUGGAGAUACCCUACGUGGGACGUGGUGUCGCUGUACUACCCACAGACGUACGGGUGGAAGCUGGCCCACGGGGCGGAGUACCCAGUGCCCUGCUGCGCGCAGGCGCUGCUGCUCAACGCGUCCACCGUGGACGCGCUGCUGGGCCACGUGGAGGCGGGGCUCAUGUGCGCACCCCUCGACCUGCUCAUACAUGAGUACCUCCUGUCUGGUGCUGUCAGGGAGAACGGUGGUGGCCAUGAUGCAGGGGAGAAUGAUGGUGGCAGUGGAGGCGGUGGUAAUGGUGACGGUGCUGGUGGUGCUGGUGGUGGUGGUGAGGGGCGGCGUCCGCGUGCGUAUGUGCACAUUCCGUCUCUUUUCCAGCACAUUGGGGUGGUGAGGACGAAUGUGCUGAAAGGAAAUCAGGGCCACAGCGACAGGCGGUUCCGGCCGGACUUUGUGGAGGAGCCGUAUAGGAGUGUGGAGGAGCAGGUGCGGUACAAGAUUCUAUCGGAGAAGGACAUAGUGCAGCGGCAGCAGGAGGCGAUCGGCGACGUGGCGACGGUGCUCUCCAUCCCCGCCGACGACGCCGCCAUCCUGCUCCGCCACUUCAAAUGGAGCGCGAGUCAGGUGAACGACGAGUGGUUUCAGGACGAGGACCGCGUGAGGAAGGCCGUGGGGCUGCCCCGCCCGCACUCCCCCUCACCCCCCUCCUCCUCCUCCGCCUCCGACCGCCGCCCUGGCAAGGAACCCGAGCCGCACCUGACGUGCGGCAUCUGCUUUGAGAGCUACCCGCAGGCGGCCAUGAAGCCCGCUGAGUGCUUCGACCACUUCUUCUGCGACGCCUGCUGGCGAGGCUACGCCAAGGCAGCGGUGGCGGACGGGCCGGGGUGUUUGAGCCUGCGCUGCCCGGACCCCUCGUGUGGAGCAGCGGUGGGGGAGAAGCUCGUGCUCGCCUCGCUGCCGGACGCCCUGCGCGCCAAGUACCUCAAGUACCUGCUGCGAUCCUAUGUGGAUGACAACCGCAAUGCCAAGUGGUGCCCCGCACCAGGCUGUGAGUACGCAGUGGAGUAUCUACCGGACUCAACGCACUACGAUGUCAUCUGCAAGUGCAGCUUCGCCUUCUGCUGGAAUUGUUUGGAGGAGGCGCAUCGGCCAGUGGACUGUGAGACGGUGGGCAAGUGGAUUCUCAAGAACAGCGCCGAGUCAGAGAACAUGAACUGGAUCCUGGCGAAUUCCAAGUCGUGUCCCAAGUGCAAGCGGCCCAUAGAGAAGAACCAGGGGUGCAUGCACAUGACCUGCACGCCCCCCUGCAAAUACGAGUUCUGCUGGCUGUGUCUAGGGGCGUGGUCAGAGCACGGGGAGAAGACGGGUGGCUUCUAUGCAUGCAACCGAUAUGAGUCCGCCAAGCACGAGGGCGUGUACGAUGAGACGGAGAGGCGGAGGGAGAUGGCAAAGAAUUCACUGGAGAAGUACACGCACUACUACGAGCGCUGGGCUGCCAACGAACAGUCGAGAGUAAAGGCGCUUGAGUCGUUGCGAGAGAUGCAAACAGUCAAGAUAGAGCAACUGAGUGAGCGCCACAGCCAGCCCGUCUCACAACUCAAGUUCGUCAUCGACGCAUGGCUGCAGGUGGUGGAGUGUCGCAGGGUGCUCAAGUGGACGUACGCGUAUGGCUACUACCUGCCGGAAGCAGAGGUGGCGCGACGACAGUUCUUCGAGUACCUGCAGGGCGAGGCGGACGCGGCACUGGAGAAUCUGCACAAGAUGGCGGAGAAGGAGCUUGAGCUCUACAUCUGCGACGACGGGGACCCACCCCCUACGUCUUUCAAUGACUUCCGGUCACGACUGGCGGGGCUCACUAGUGUGACGCACACGUACUUUGAGAAUCUAGUGAGGGCGCUCGAGAACGGCCUGGCAGACGUUGAGAACGCCUCUGCAGCCGGCAACUCCACACGCGCCGCUGCCGCCGCCGCAGCAGCAGCAGCAGCAGCAGCGCCGAGCCAUCGCCAGCACCUCGCGCAUCUCCCAGUCCCGCUUCGAUGCUCGCUGGACGGCAAAUCCUCAUCCCUAAAAGUCGCUGCUGUCGAGAGAGGGAAAGCUGUCAGAGCACGAGCAGCGGCGGCAGGAGGCGCAACGGGGUCAAGCGUGGUCCCGGAAGGAAAAAGCAGCGAGGCGACAGCAGCGAUUCGUCCCGUGGUCAUUCUCCCGGGAUUGGGCAACAACUCGGCGGAUUACGCGGAGCUCGUCGCGCUGCUGGAGGCGCAGGGCGUGGCGGCGGAGGUGGCACGCGUGGCGCGACCUGAUUGGCUGCGGAACGCCGCGGGGCUGCUGCAAGCAGACUACUGGAAGGGAACGCUCAAGCCUCGCCCGAUCCUCGACUGGUACUUGGAGCGGGUGGCAGCAGCGGUGGAGGCAGCCAAGAAGAGAGUCCCAGGCGCCUCCCAGGUGUCGCUGGUGGCGCAUUCAGCAGGCGGUUGGCUGGCACGCCUCUACCUCGCGGAGUACGGUCAUGCUGACGUGGCGCUGCUGCUCUCCCUGGGCUCGCCGCACCUCCCACCACCCGCAGGGCUACAAGGGGUGGUGGAUCAGACCAGGGGCCUGCUGACGCACAUGCAGGCCGUCUCUCCAGGCGCCUUCCAUGCUCCCCACGUCAAAUACGUCUGCGUCUCGGGCAGGUACAUCAAGGGCUUGCCCCUCUUCGGCAGCGCCACCACUGCCACCCCUGAAUCAGCCGCACCAGCCUCAGCACCAGCCGCUGUGGCGGCCGUGGCAGCAGCAGCAGGAGGAGAGGCGCGCGUGUUUGCCCUGGAUGUGAAACCAAUAGGGGUGGGGGCCGCAGCAACACAAGCAGCCGGUGGGUCAGAUUCAGAACUCCAGAGCGAGAGUGUGAGGGAGAUAGAGGAGGGCAGCAGUGGGGCUUCAGAAGAAGACGAGGCUGUUGCUGGGAGGCAGGUGCAGGUGGCAUCUGGGGGAGGUGUGUUGCAGGCGCGCAUGGUGGGGCAGGGGUACAAGCAGGUGUGUGGGCGGGCGGACGUGUGGGGGGACGGAGUCGUGCCGGAAGAUGCUGCCGUGCUGGAAGGGGCGGAGAAUCUGAUCCUGGACGGCGUGUAUCACUCGCCUGUGGGGGCCAGUGAGGCCCGGCCGUGCGAUUGUGGUAACGGGUUGACGUGUGACGGUGCAGAUGCCCUCUUCACAGCAUGCACUGAGUUGGAAUACCUCUCCCUUGACAUCAUGAUAGAUCAAUCCGAUUUCACUUGUGAGAUGCCACAAUCCUUUUUCAAUCUUUCAUCACUAACGGAGGUCUAUCUGAACGCCAACUUCGACAAUUACCCGGAUAGAUUCGACGAUUUGACUUCCCUGACCAAGUUGACACUCGCCUUCGUGUGGGUUCACCAAUUCCCAGAAUCAAUCUGUCACAUCACGAGGCUGACCGAGCUGAAGCUGUUCCGAAAUGACGGACCGUUAGAGAGUCUACCCGAUUCCCUUGUUCUUGAAGUCGUGUAUUGUACCAGCGUUGCAUCCCUCCCAGCAAGGAUAUCAGGCCUCGUUUCUCUCAAGACGCUAGCCAUUAAAAACUGCGAGUGCUUCCACACGAUCUCUGAUUCCCUCUGCAACCUUUCUAACCUCCACGUGCUGAUUCUUAAGAAUUGCUCACAGCUGAUGGACCUUCCACAGGGAGUGGAUCGCCUGUCGUCGCUGGAGCAUCUCGAGCUGAGCCAGCUCAAAGGACUUUCCAAUCUUCCAGAUGCCAUUUCCAGGCUGUCCAAUCUCCGCAACUUCUCCUUCACCUACUGCGAUGGUGUUGACAAUCUCCCUCCAUCCCUGGCCCAGCAUUGGAGCAAGCUGAUGUCCCUCAAGCUGAUGCCUUCAUGUUGUCCCUUUGCCAUCUCUCAAGUCUGA